AUGUAGGAACAUAGCAAAGCUACUUUACAUCCACAUGCUGGGCUAUCCAGCUCAUUUUGGUCAGCUAGAAUGCCUGAAAUUGAUUGCCAGUUCAAGGUUCACAGAUAAACGCAUAGGAUACUUGGGAGCCAUGCUGCUGUUGGAUGAAAGACAAGAUGUGCACUUGCUGAUCACAAAUUGUUUGAAGAAGUAA